CUUCUGCGCACUCUUUCAUUCAACUAUCUUCCUAUACAGAGACCGCAUAGAACAAUACACCUAGAGAUCUUACUCCGAAACCGCAAUAAUGUCGACCACAGUAGAUAAGAUAAAAGAGAUCGAGGCCGAAAUGGCCAAAACCCAGAAAAACAAAGCCACGUCCUAUCAUCUGGGACAACUCAAAGCUAAACUUGCCAAGUUAAAACGAGAGUUGUUAACCCCACAUUCCAGUGGCGGUGGCGGUGGAGCGGGAUUUGAUGUUGCAAGAACGGGUGUUGCCAGUGUCGGUUUCAUAGGGUUUCCCUCCGUGGGGAAGAGUACUCUUAUGAGCCGGCUUACUGGACAGCACUCAGAAGCCGCCGCGUACGAAUUCACAACGUUGACAACGGUCCCGGGCCAAGUCAUAUAUAAUGGAGCUAAGAUACAAAUGCUGGAUUUGCCAGGUAUCAUUCAAGGAGCAAAGGACGGAAAAGGAAGAGGUCGACAAGUCAUUGCGGUGGCAAAGACAUGUCAUUUGAUCUUCAUCGUCCUGGACGUCAACAAGCCUCUCACUGACAAGAAAAUUAUUGAAGCUGAGUUGGAGGGCUUUGGUAUCCGGGUCAACAAACAGCCACCGAACAUUGUUUUCAAAAAGAAAGACAAGGGAGGGAUCAGCAUCACGAAUACCGUGCCUCUGACGCACAUCGACCACGACGAGAUCAAGGCUGUCAUGGCAGAAUAUAAAAUAUCGUCUGCGGACAUCGCGAUUCGGUGCGACGCCACGAUUGACGACCUCAUUGAUGUCUUGGAGGCCAAGAGCAGAAGUUAUAUUCCAGUCAUUUACGCAUUAAACAAAAUCGACGCAAUCUCGAUAGAGGAGUUGGAUCUACUCUACAGGAUUCCAAAUGCAUGCCCAAUUUCUUCGGAGCAUGGCUGGAAUAUCGAUGAAUUGUUGGAACAAAUGUGGGAAAAGCUUAAUCUCGUGAGGGUAUACACUAAGCCAAAGGGGAAACUACCUGACUACACUGCACCAGUCGUGCUACGUUCCAACAAGUGCACAGUUGAAGAUUUCUGCAAUGCCAUUCAUAAGACCAUUGUGGAACAGUUCAAGGUAGCUAUUGUGUACGGAAAAUCUGUCAAGCACCAGCCGCAAAGAGUAGGCUUGAGUCAUGAACUGGCCGAUGAAGACAUUAUUACCAUCAUCAAGCGGUAAACGGCAUUCCCUCGCACAAAUUCAUGGUCUUCCAAGGAAACUCCAAGUAAGAUGAACGUCCAAAAGAGGUGGUAUAUGGGAACGUUGUUUUUGUAGAUAAUAUGAUCUUUGCCAGAAGUCGACGGCGUCACUCUGGGCGAGGUGCUAUAUCAUCCGGGCGACCAUUGCCAAGCUCAACCGACUCCGCAGCAACCGCAAGUCCAUGUCGAUUUGAGAGCUGAGGAUCUGGCAAUCCCCCGGAAUGUCCUCGAGAGGGAAAAGGGUGGUACAUACGACUUUGAGACAAGAAUGAUAUCCCAGUUAUUCUCCAGGAGAAGGUCACUCGCUACUACCGUCACGUUCGAUAAGGCGAUUCCAACUAGAGAGAGCAAGUCCAAAGAAGAUGAAUACAAAACAGAUUAAAAAGAAGAUAUGAAUAGUUUUCAGAUUCCGUUGCUGUUGUUCAGUCGUUGGGGUCUUGAGGUUAC